AAAUGGCUCAUUUAAAAAAAAAAAAAAGGUGUUGGUGCUAAGGAUUAACAAUGGGCACCCACAAGGACGUCCAACCCCCAAAGCAGCAGCCAAGGAUAUAUAUCUGUGGAGAAUGUCAGGCAGAAAAUGAAAUAAAAUCCAGGGAUCCAAUCAGGUGCAGAGAAUGUGGAUACAGAAUAAUGUACAAGAAAAGAACUAAAAGAUUAGUGGUUUUUGAGGCUCGAUGAACAGAAUUCAGAAGAAUAUCUUUGUUUGCAUUUGUAUUUGCU